AAAACAAACAUUUUUGCAACUUUUGUAUAAAAAAAUUGAAGGCUAAACAAUUUUCUUUGAAAUCACAGCUUGACGAUAAUGGACACAAAUGACAUAGAAUUGCAUGAGGAUGGAUUGUCGAUACCAAUGGACCAUACUAAUGAAAUAAACGCAAUGGAAAAACUAUGUCGUCUUUGCUUGCAUCAAGAUAACAACGAAGGAGGAGUCGUGGAUAUAUUUGAAGAGCCUACGGAUGAAAAGGGCAAUAAAAAGCAAGCCUUGAAACUAAUACUCUAUGAAUUAUUUCAAAUCAAAUACGACAAAUCUUCUUAUUUACCACAUGUUGUAUGUCAACGCUGUUUAGAAAUGGUUAAUGCUUUUAGCAGAUUCCGACAAAUUGUGCAAAGAUGCGAGGCUCAACUGCAAAAUCGAGCAAAUCAAUUAAGCCCCGAUGUUUCUAAAAGGCCGGGUUUGAAUGGUAAUCCAGGUAUUUUUGAACCGGAAGAUGAUUGUGAAAUUACUGAAGUGAAUCCAGAGCAAGAUUAUGAAAGUUCGGAAGAUGAUUUUUCCAUGGAAUCCGAUUCAGAAACAGAGAAUGUGAACGUCGCAACAAACAAACAAAACGAUGCAACAAAUUUGGCAGUACCCCCAACACAGGCGCCGAAAGAUAACGUGUCAAUGAUACGCAAUGUUCCCGCCAAUAUUACCUCACAGGAAGAAACCAGCACUGGAUCAGAUAACAUAAGCGCCUCCACCAGGGAGAUGACGGGUCUCGAAUUCAACAUUAAAAAUACGUACUUGUGUCAAUAUUGUGACAUGGCAUUUAAAACCCAACUCGAAUGCAGUCAACACGAACUAAACCAUGACCCGAACACGCCAUACACAUGUAGCUUUUGCUCCAAACGUUUUAAUAGCCGUCAGAGCCUGAUUGCUCAUAUACGUGAAAAUCACGAUACAGAGCGGCCAUAUGUUUGCGCCAACUGCAAUAAAGGUUUUUGCAGAAGAUCGGAUCUUAAAAAGCAUACCAUAGUACAUACGGGGGUGAGACCGUUUUCGUGUCCAGUUUGCAUGAAAAGUUUCUCGCGUAAUACUAAUCUUACUAAGCAUAUGCGCGUGCAUAGUAGCGUGAAGUCAUAUGGUUGCCAAUAUUGUUCGCUUACUUUCCCUAAUGGAAUAGAACUGUUAAAGCAUGUUCGUUCUCAUGUAGCGGAUAAUAAAAAUGCACGUAGAGAUAAAUCACAAGAAUUGGUGUCCAAUCAGACUAAGAGUUCGGGAAAAGGUGUAAUUUCGCAAAACCCUAUUGUAGCGCAGGGCAACGAAACGAUUGACCAUAGUGAGAAGCCUGUAAAUAUAACCCAAGUUCGUGCAACCGACUUACCGGUUCAACAAUCUAAUGUUUUGUUUUCUCAAGCGCAGCAACGAGCCAUGGGUGUAUCGCCUAAGCCACCUGCAACAACUCCAAAAACAUCGCAUUAUCGUUCGCAUAUUUGUGAUAUAUGUUCGAAGACGUUCACACGCGAACGAGAUCUUCAUCGUCAUCAAGCUCUUCAUUUAGAUACUUUGUUUACUUGUAAGCAAUGCGGAGUGGGCUUUAGCCGUCGCGAGAAGCUUGCACGUCACGAAAUUGAGCAACAUACUAUUCAAUAUCCCUGCGAAAAAUGUCGGAUGACAUUCCUUAAACAAGAAGAACUCGAAAUUCAUUUGAAAAUGCAUGAAUUACAGCAAAGUGCAGCCUUAUCUGCCCACCAGGCAGUUCUAAACGCAGCCUGUGUGCAACAGAAUCCUGAAAUGCAAGCACAACUUCAAAUACCUCAACCGCCUUUAGGUUUACCACAACCACCACCUUUGCCUUCCCAACGGACGUCAGACGCUGAUUUCUCAUUUUACAGUAAUAUUGUGCCGAUGGUAAAUUUAGGUUUUUAUAGUGAGACUCGUCCAGAAGAUCGAAACGGCAUUUAAGGAAUGGUCACUUUACUUAUCAAUUGUGGUAUUUAUCUUCAUUUACUUUUAUUAUCUACGUAUGUUACCUCUAAUGUCAAUAUACUACAAAUUUUAAAUAUGCAUUUA